UAGAAAUUUUGUGAUUUUUCCUGUUUCAAAGACUAUUAUAAUGAUAAAUGUUUUAUAAACUGGUAUAUCAUUACACCUUCCUAUUAAUAAUACGCAUAUGAACCGUGUUCAAGCUUGGGGAAACAGCUCUAUUUAAGGGCGGACUUUAGGCGACAUGUCCAAUCUCGUUCUGUCAAAGUGGAACUUGGAAGUCAGCCUGGUGACAGGCAGGUGUGAUGUCUGAAAAUAGAAUUUCACGUGUUUGGAUGGAUUUUAAUGCGAAAAUAUAAGUAAAUGGCAACACCUUUUCAAGUACAACAUAUACCAGAUUCAAUACGUGCGCAAUACGCAAGCAAAGAUUUAAAUGCUGUUCAGAUGGCAAGAGAAGUUCCAAGACAAUACCAAAGAAAUGCUGAGGAUGGACAGAUCCUGAGGUUUCCGAGCACUAAAAAUGUUUUGUGGGAUCAUGAGACGCUGGGAAAGCCACAGACCUUGCAUAUUUCAUCCUUCAGGAAACCAAGUUUGCGUGUGAGUGAAAAGAUCCUGCGGUUUGCCCAGAGGCAUGUGGACUCCUCUGGUGACAACAGGCUUUCCUGUGUACUGAUCGGCUCCCUUGACAUUGAUGAUGACAAUGAAGGUGUUGUGUUCAACGUUGAGAGACUGGAUCUGGCUUGUGAUCCUAACACUUCCACCAGUCAUGCUGCCGGAGACACCCUCAUCCCUUUCACAAUUCAGUGUGGCAGUAAGGAAAGAGGGAGCACAGAGGAAGAUUACAUCAGUGCUAUCCAGUUAUUGAAGCAGAGAUGUCAGUCUAAAGCUCCAGUGGUUUUAGGAAGUUUCCUACUGGUCAAGGCUUGGUGUAGUUACUACUCCAAAGGGGACACAAGCAUACACCACCUGGAAUUUGAGGUGGUUACCUUGGCAACGGAAAUCCAGGUCACACCCAUCACGGCUGUGCCAAUAGUCCCAACUGCUCUGUCAAAAAACCUGGCUGGACCCAUGAGCAUUAGUCAUAUGCAGGGGACCCCCAAAACUGGGUACCUGACUAUGGACCAUACUCGCAAACUUCUAUUGGUGCUAGAAUCUGAUCCUAAAGUCACAAAUCUACCUCUUGUUGGCAUAUGGGUCAGUGGAAUAUCAUAUGUGUACAGUCCAUAUGUAUGGGCAUGUUGUCUUCGCUAUCUACACAAUGCUUCCAUUUCUGACAGAGUCUGUUCACCGCCGGACCCGUUUCUUCUGGUACUGUAUAACCCGACUCACUCGAAACCCGAGUUUUAUGAGUGCUGCACUGCCUCUGGAGACAGCAAGAUGUCCUUUGACUUCUACACUGGGUUUGAGGCUGUCCAGAUUAACAAGGCUGGUUUGGGCAGUACUGAUGAAGUGGUGGUAGAGUUGUCAGCUGUGAAAGAUGGGGCCAAGCUGGAUCUCUUCCGGGACGCUGUCCAACAAACUGCCAAUAGUGGUCACAAUGAGAGUCGGAGAUCCAUCUCCCCUGAUCCUGUCUCCAAUGAAGACAUCACACCUCGCAUAAAACCUGCCCCUCACCAGUCACGGCUUCCUAUGAUGCAGUCAAUGGUGCCUGAAGUAUCCUUGUUCUUUGGAAAUGAAGAUACAACAUUUGUGCCAAAUGUUCAACAUCCCUCCUCUCGACCGCAAAUGCCUGGAUCAGAUGUAAAACAUCCACCCAUUGCUAGUUCAACACCAAUGCAAACAUCCAAUGUACAUUUAACAAAUGGUUCUGUGCCAAAUGACUCAAAUAGUGCUCAUCAACUACGUAAUACUGUCUCCGCAAAUAAUUAUAUGAAUUUUAACAACCCAGGGCAGAAUGUUAUGUCGCAACCCUCGAAACCAAACCAUCAACAGAAUAUAAUCCUUCCAGCAAGCAAAGUUCCACACAGUAUGCCUGCCUCCUACCCACACUACUCCAUGCCUAAUGCUGCUCCCGUGCCAACCAGUUCUGGAAUGCCCCAUCCACAUCACCACCCCCAGCCUGGCUACCCUGGGGGAUCAAACGGAAUGCAUCCCUGUCCUCCGCGGCCCUACUGUUCCUGUCCUAGCUGUCCUAAGCCACCAACUCAGUUCUACAACAGACCUCAACAAGGAGUAUAUCCUGAUAAGAGGGGACCAUAUCCUCGACCACAGUUUUCUAGCUAUGGACCACCUCCCCCAAGACUAAAUGGUCCACCAUACCAAGGGUACCCUGCUCCUGGUCCCCAAUCAUUACCAGUUCACCAACAAGGAGUUUAUCCCCCAGUUCACCAUUCUUAUCCCCCAUCAACCGGUGAAUACACUCAGCCUUCAUCCAUGCCGUAUUCUGCUCCAUACUCUAAACCAUAUCCACAAGGUGCUCCAAGUUAUUCAACGGAUGGUUGUCUAGCCCAGUCAGGGCCAGUAAGAACAGGUUCCUCAUCAAUGCAAGGGCCUCAACAGUCUAACCAAAGUGGGCAAAGACCAGAUUUGCCUCCACAAGGUUUUCAAGAAAAGCAUUUGACAGUUGUUCAACCUCCCCAGGCUAGUGGUGGUGUACCAAUUCGUGCAGAAGAGAGAAGAUCGCCGAGAAACCAUGCUCAGAGUUCCGAAGGGUUAGCUGUUAGCAGAAGCAAUGAGGUUCAGAGGUCAAACCAAAGUUCAGAUAACAGUGGUCGUUCAAGUGAUGACAGUGGCUUAAGUUUUACCCCAGAAAAACAUAACUCCCCUGCUCAAAAUGCUAGUCCAAAGCAGACCACUGAUGUAAACACAGCAAGUGAUCUGAAGUCCUCUAUAACAACAGUGAACUGGGAAAAUGUCCCACCAGAGAUCUACCAGCUACUGAUGAGACAGGAACAACAGCUCAAGACCCUACAGGCUCAGAUUGAAGUUCUCACUGCUCAAUCUUUGAACAACACCGCAGAGAGCACAGCAAUUGCAAAACAUGAAGCAUCACCUGCACAGAAAUGCACUGUUGCCACCAACACGUCUCUUGCACCCAAUGAGAAAAAAGAACAAGUGUCUGCCUGUAUGCAAACCAGUCAACAGGAAGUGCACCUGGAGUACAAUGGUAACAACACCACCAAUCCUGUUGGUCAUCUUGCCAACUCCAACAUACAUGCACAUAACAACCAGUCCAGCUCGAGUGGGAGUGGUUGUGAUGGGAAGACGCCAAUGGAGAUUCGCCACCGUGGCCGGCUGCCCAUGAAUAGUACACGGCGUGAAGAAGGGGAGCUAGACAUGUCACAGGGGGAGCUUGUUGCGCUAAUGAACAACAUGCAUGAUAGAACCAUAGACAGUGUACAGUCGGAGAUGAUUGUGGACCUACCAAGCUUUCAAUCUUCACCAACCAGAUCCCCUAGGAGUCAAGAAUCGUAUGCCAAUUCCUCAGCUUUUAACCUGUCCCCUCGUUCCCCGAUCUCUGCUAGCAUGUGUGAAAACCAGCGGGCGGAGGUUAGUGAUACGGAGGAGACAGAUGAGGAAGACAACAACACUGCCGGGACAGACAACCCAGAGUACUACAAUCGGCUUAUGGACAAUAUCAAGAAGUUGUUGAGCCAAAACUCAACAGAGAACACGCUGGAAGGGGAAGGUUACUCCGGUGACGUCUCCUCUGACCCCAGCACCCACGUCAACCUCGCCAGGGAGGACCUAAGGCUUGGGGAGCAUCUCCAGUCAUUCUUCAAGUUUGACACAAGCACGAAGGCCCCAGCAGACACCACCUUCAUUCCGAAGAUCAAUUACGUCUCCAUGUUGCUUGACUCCUCGGACACAGACACCUCCAUGGAGAUCAACGCCAUGGCUAUGAAAUACCUGAAAGACGAGCAACUUACCCAGCUAACCAAGCUUCAGGCUAAAAACAGGCUUCUCCAGGGGUCCAGGAAAGCCUCUGAGAAAACUGCCCUUCUUCAGAAAAUACUUAAGGCGGAGGAAAACGAGAGUACACCGAAUGUUACAACAGUUGGGAUGUCACCGAAUGAUCUUACAUUUGCUACAAAAAAAUACCUUGAAAGGCAUGGGUUGUUGGAGGGUGCUGGUGAUGCCACCUCAGCUUCUGACAGUACUCAAAAUGACAGUUAUAGACUUAGAACAAACUACAGCACAAUGACAUCUGGGUCAGACGAUGGACCCGCCCAGGUUACCCAUGAGGUGCUCAGUACCCCGGCCAGUCGAGGAGGAAAUUUUACAGAAAAUUCAACACCUUUAAAUGGGCAUACCAGUAGAAACACAACAGAUCCUUAUAGCACGAGGUCAACUCCAAGUCAGAAUACUGGUAUGUCAUCGAGAGCUCCUUAUAAUGACUCUCAGAGUAUCAGAACUUAUAAUGACUCACGCAGCACCAGAUCACCCUAUAAUGACUCACAACAAAAUGUUGGCUUUAAUGGAACUCCAAAGCCUAACCACACCCAUUCACGGCUCGAAGAUCAUAACCGUGUAUUACCAAACAGACCCACUCCUCAAAACAUGUCGGAACAACAGUCACACAACUAUACACCCUAUUCGGAUAGACCUUCGCCAUUUCUACAAAGCACAAACCGUAACACAAACACUGGUGCAGGAGGGGGCGUGCGAUAUGCUAGCCCACAAAUAACACCAACACCAAAUAUGCAGAGACUGUCACCACCCGAGAGAGACUCAAGACAGCCACAGAGAUCGCCCUAUGAGCAGCAGGGUGAAAACAGGCCCUAUAUCAACACUGAAUGGGGACAAAAUGCCGGUACCCCUGUCAGGACCGGUCUUAGAGAUAACGGUGCUCAACAGCGGCGAGAGGAAACUGAUAAUGAUGACAGAAUACUAGAUAUUACACGUCUUAAACAACUUUCUAAAUUACUCUAGAAAUUAAUUAUUAUUCAAAUUUAGUUUGAUUAAAUUAUUAUUUACUUAUAUUCUUAUAUGGCAUUAUUUAGUAUUGCAUUUAAACUAGAUGCUUGGCUAUAAAGCUUAUUACUUAAAUUUGGCUACACUUUUGCGUCUUUAUUUUGCAAUAGUCAAUAUUUUAAUAUAUACGAUAUAAUUGUGAUGUUUGUGUAUAUUAUAAAUUGCUCACAUAUAAUUGAUUGAUAUAGCCAAUGAUCUACCCGUCCAUACAUUUACUGCAGACCUUUUUUGGUCUUUAAUCCUUUUAUCUUUAUUUUACAAAAGACUGUGAUAUCUAAUAUUCUGUUAUCUCAUUUUAUUUCCUUUUAACUAUACAAAGAUAUUUAUAUUGAGAUUUUAUAUUUUGUUUUAUUUUAUUGUUUUAUUUAUUUACUGCAUAUCGGCUGCCAGAUUGAAUUUUUAAAAAUAUCUUGAAAAGUGGAAUUCAUUUUUUGACAUUAGCCAAUAAGAACUACAUUAAUAACCUACUUCCUAAAUUCACACAUAUAUAUAUAUAUAUAUAAUAUAUAUUAUAAUCAAGGUUUAGUAUUAGUAAUGUAGACAUGAUUGUGUUUUAAAAGAGAAAUAGAAUAGAUACAGUAGUAAAAAGACUUUUAUAGAAUACAGCUAACUAGUAUUAAAAUUCAAUUACAUUGAUAUUAGAUAUUAUACAAUUCAAUAGUCUUUGUUAUGAAGUAUUUUAUUCUCUAUUAAUUUUUUUAAUUCUCUUAUAAUAGUGUGUAUCUGAGUUGUAUAAAUUGCCUUAAGUUUGCAAGGCGAUUUUACUUGCCGAUAGUCGGAAAUCAAUGAUAUCUCGAUUCAUACCUUCACUCGGUAGCAUUCUCAAGAACCAGUCUUAAUUCCACAAACUUGCAUAUCCCCUGGUUGUUUUUUAAUCUAUUGUUUAAAAUGUGUUAGAUCCUCUAUGUUUGAUCAUUUCUUACCAAAAUGUAAUGAUGGAAAUAAGAGGUAAUUGUACAAAAUUAUAAUAAAUUAUGUUUAGAAUUGAUGGUUUAAAAAAAGAGAAAAAUAUGCAAAAUUUUGAACAGUUGUGCUUGCAAAGAUGACCAUGUCAAAUUAACUCAAAUCUUAGGUGUAUAAAUAUAGCAUUGUUAUUGUCUGCUUCAAAUACCGGUAAUGCAGUUGAUAUAUUAAUUUUUCGGGUAUAUUUAUAAAGAAACAUAAUUUUUCAUUAUUCUGAAAAGUUUAUAAAACCUAUUCAAGAAAAUGUUGGACAUUUACAUAACCUGGAAAUAAAUGGACAAUAUAUGGCCAAAAUCACUGUGGAAGUUCUUACAGUCCAUGGCUGUAUAUGAAAAACGUACCAUGUACUUAUACUGAUGAGAUUGAUAUCAGUAUGGUGUAUCGAAAACAAACAUCACAAUAAUGCAUCGAAAAAAGUACUGCACGAAUAUAGGCAAUCAACACUUCUUUAUUGUACUAAUAAGUAAAACAAAAAGUCUUAUUUGGUUUAACAAGAUGUGAUUACCACUUAUAUAUUAUUUUAUAUAUUUGGGGGAUAUGCUUGUCAGUGACUUCAGCUCUCAGGGUAAAUGUUAAAUGUUGAAUUGGUUAUUGUUUGAGCUAGCUAAUUGACAUUAUUGUUUAAUUGCAUGAACAUAGAUCUGCCAACAUCAUUUAUACCUGAAAUUCUGUCAUUCUGUGCAGCUGAUGUUUUUAUUGAAGGCUUUUGAUGUUUGCUUGUAAAUAUAUUGAUAAAUUAUUAUAAAUAAAUUAUUUAUUUUAC